AUGCCCGCGAAUUGUCAACCGUCGCAUAGACAACGAGCCCAUUUGAAUACCCUCGAUUUGAAUAUAAAGGUCGGCAUUCACGUGUCGCCGCCAUACAUCAACCGGGAAGGCUUUAAGUCUUUCGAGCGCUUUUUGGACACAAAUAAGCGUCUGAUGUUCGACAGGACGCGCAUAAUACGGUCAGAUUUAAUUCUGCAGGGACUCAAGUUGCACCGCGGCACUGUUUAUGAGACAUAUGUGAUGAAAGUGCGUUAA